CUGAAUUCUGAAAAAUAAAAAUAUAUUUUCCGAGAAACAUAAAAUAUGGAUUCUGAUGAAAGCUUCUUGACUCAACGAUCGCUUGUCAUGGAUGUUGUUAGGCAACUAGAUGAGAUGCAGAAUGCCAAUAAAAUGGAAAAGGGCAAGGAGGAGAAAAAGCCAGAGAUUGAUCCUUCCGUUGGUGUGACGAACACAAGUUUUGUGGUUUUUUAUCGAGAAAUUCGUAAGAAGUCUUCGCGUUACUUUAAAAGGGUACAAAAAUCUUCAAAUAUCAAUCAAAUCUGUUUCAUGCGUCAGAUUGAUGUUACGCCAAAGGAUCGGGAAGAAGCUAGAAGGGAUCGUGAGAUUGUGGCUGAUAGUUUUCGAAGACUGGGCAACGAGGAGUACCGUCGUGCUAACUACGAAAAAGCUAUCUUUCAUUAUUCAAAAGCCAUUCAGUAUGUCGCCGAUUCGCCAGUUCUUUAUUGCAACAGGGCCUUGGCUAGAAUCAAAAAAAGAGACUUUAAAAUGGCUCUCAUAGACCUGGACUAUGUGAUCUUCAAACUAGAUUCCAUACAUUUGCGGGCCUGGCUUUAUAGGGCCGGAGCUCUAGCCCGUCUUAACAAUGAGGCUGAGUCCAAUUUGGCCAUUGCCAAUGCUCGGCUUUUUAAUAGAUCUAAGAAGUCUCAGAAGUACAUAAAUCUUUUCCUGGAGAAACUUAAAACUGAAUUCUAAACUUCAAAAAUAAUCUUAUACUCUUCUACAUUUGUGUGUUUUUAAGGCAAAAUCUUGUUUCCUGUAAUUUGUGAUAGGCAAUAAAAACGGGAAA